AUGGCCACUACCGUGGAAGCCUUCAGGAUGGGUUUAAUGAAGGAUCCUCCCUUUUAUGAGGAUCUCGUAAUGACCCCAUGCAGGGAAGUGGACGAAUUCAAAAGUAGAACAUUGAGGUUCAUCAGACUGGAAGAAUAUAAGAAGAUCCAGAGGAAGACCAGUUCCCUGAGUUCAUAUCAAAAUCCUAAUAGGAAUGUCGAUUCUUCAUCCCAAAGAUCCUACAAAUCGAAGCCCUAUUCCAAACCAGAUCAUCACAUGGUUAAUGCCCUUGAGGAUGAAAGAGAUGAGGAGGAGCCUCCUAAGAUCACUGACUAUUGUUUUUCUGUGGAUGUUUCAGGUUUAAUAUAUGCUAUGGAUGAUCUCGGAGACAAAGCAAGGUGGCCAAAUAAGAAUAACAAGUCCACCAGCUGGAAAGACAAGUCCAAAUGGUGUGCUUACCACGAAGAUUUUGAUCACAUGGUGGAGGAUUGCAUAGCCCUAAGAAAGGAGAUCAGCUACCUCCUUAGAAAAGGGCAUCUUAAAGAGAUCCUCAGAAGAAAGAAAGAAAAGUCCAAGGAGAACAACCAGGAUGAUCAUAAGAUCCCGAAGAAACCAGGAUCUCCACCCCCAAACGCUGAGAUAAUUAACAUUAACCCAGGUGGAUCUAACAUUUGUGGUACUUCUUAUUCUCAAGCUAAAAGACAUGCCAAGGUUUAUAAAAUAGAAAAGGAGGAUAGACCACGGAAGAAUACCUCGGUUAGCAAUGAAAAGGAAAUCACGUUCAACGUGACGGACAGGGACGAGAUCCAGGAUCCUCACCAUGAAGGACUCGUGAUAACACUGUACAUUGCCAACCACUUCAUCAUAAGGAUCCUUGUUAACGGAAGAUCCUCAUUGAACAUCACUCUUCGAUGCUCUUAA